AUGAGAGCGUUGUCAAGGCUAGCAGCAGGUUCGCUGAGGCCCAGGCUUAGGAAUAUAAGCCAGCAAAAUGCUGGUGCAUUACUAGUGUGCAAUAGUAUCGGUCUAGAGCUUCUAGAGCACAGACUUCUGGUCCCAAGUCACGGUCCUACUCCGACUAUUAUCAAACGAAAUUACAAUCCUUUUAAGAAACAACCCAAAUGGGAGUCUGAUACCAAGAAAUCUAAAAAUACGGAAGAAUGCGAUCAGCUUGCAAGAAAAUUGAGGGAAUCUCUGGCUUCACAGGCUGAUUCUAAACAGGUUAAGAAGAUCAUUUUUGACUUGGUAAAUGUGUCUCAGCAUAGGGUGUCUGGUGAAUAUAUCCCAUUAAUAGAACGAGCGCUUCAAAAAUUCCAUUUUCUGAGUAAAAAAUCGAAACUGUUAUCAAUUGACGAAGUUCAGACGUUAUAUAGGUCAGUGGUGCAGUUAGAUGCAACUGCUGGGUCUAACAUGGACGCCGAUAAGGACAAGGUUGAUCCAGCACGAGGCUGGCUGUUACAAUCUUCAGUAUCACAGUCUUCAUCUGAAAGCACACUAAUAACGAAGCUUUAUUCGGUGUUAUACAAUUCCCAGUCUCAGCUUCCUACUACCGACCGUGUACAAAAUGGCCUGCUGUAUAUGAAAUAUCUCAGGUCGGAAAAUCUCAUUGUAGAAUCUCGAAAACUUCUCACUGCAUUAAUUCAAGAUGCUACUAUUUUAGCAUCUCUUGAUGAACCCACAAUCCUUCAAUUUACAAGUAUUAUACAAAAUAUCAACCCUGAUGUUGAUAGUCUGAUAGCCCUGUAUGAAAUUCUCGGUAGUACUGGUAGUUUAUCUUUAACAUUAUUUCAUGAGGGUAUUCUAGCAUUUACCGAGAUUGCAUCUAAACACCCAGAAAAUGAGUCCACACAACAGCUUAUGAAGUUUUUGAAUUCGACCAUAUUCAUAGACUCGAAAUUAGAGCCUACGCGAGAGACAAUUAUUAUCGCCUUGGAUUGCUGUCUGACUCUGAGCUCAGCAGAAUGUGGCAAGCGAUUACUCCGGACACUGGUAAAACCUCGUUUGGACGACCUGCUAGCUGACGAUAGUGAUCCAGAAUCGAGUCUACAAUUCUACGAACUUUUAUUAAUGAGUUGUAGUAAGUUUGGUGAAGACGUGGCCACUGGUAAAAAGAUAGUCGAUAGGAUCCUCACUAGUUUUACGCCAGACCAAAUGGCUAAGGAGACAUGGGAUGUUCUUGCUCAAUGGACUGUAUACUAUUCGCCAGAUACCGAUGUUUUGGAGACACUUAUAGACCAAAUGGUGGAGCAUGGAUUUAAUCCUGAUGAGGUGACUCUAAGCGAUGUUGUUUCUAUUGCUAUUGGAGCAGCUAAACGAACCGACAAGUAUAUCGACUCGGUUGUUAACAUGUUCAAUCUGAAAUUCGAUGUCGACAGCAAUGUUCAAACAUUUGCAUUCUUAAUCGACCGCAAACUGCAUUCGUGCGACUUAGAGGCUGCUCAGAAGCUGUUUCAAAACAGUAUCACGGCAAGCGGAUGUGAUUGGGGAGUAGACAGCCAGCGUCAUAUACCUACUCUCGACAGACUGUUGGUGGCUCUAUGUACAUCACCACCAGUAGACCAACGCAACGUUUUCGAGGUUUACCAACAAGUACUAAUGUUUACGAGAACUGUUGGAUACAAUGCCCAGUGUGAGCUACUGAAAAUGUUUCUCUCAAUUGGCAACUCUUACGACGUGGAAUUAUUUAUAAAAGAACAGUUUGGAGAUAGACCAGGACUGCCCUGGCAGGCAUACUCGGAGAUAUACCAUGUCAUGUUCGACUAUAUCAUGACAUGUAAAGACUAUAAACUAGCAUGGGAUAUCUACGGACUGUUAAACGGACUUAUCAAGCUGCCGUACGAAUCUUACUACACAGCAAUGGAGCUGUUCUGUCGACUUGGACGACCAGACGCUGCUCUCCUGAUUCUCAAGUAUCUACGAGUUCGAAGCAGAAAAGAAGCGAUACCAUCUCCUGACCGCAAUAUGUAUAUAUUGCUGUUCAAUGAGUUUGGCAAAACUCUGUACGAAGAAGGUGUCCAGGAGCUACAAGGACUAUUACGGACCGAUCUGUAUACGGAAUCUGAUAUUGAAAUCAUGAACUCGAUUCUCGGAGCAUACUGUAACCUCCAGGAUCCACACCGGACCAAGAACACCUGGCUUGAAAUCAACGGGUUCCCCGAAGGUCAAGGUGUCAAUAACGAUACCAUCACCAUCAUGAUCAAGCACUUGACGAGAUAUUCUCUUCCCGAAGUCGAGAAACUAUGGGUAUCGUUUCCGGAGACAUACAAUCUCACACCCGAUGCCGACAACCUACGUCAGUACGUGAUUGCCAACUGCUACCACGGAUAUUACAUGCGAGCACUUGAAGUGACGAAACACAUGGAGCAGACCUACGGCAUUGUACCCGGCCGCGACAUCAUUGAAGCGCUCUACAACUGGACGAUGCUAGACUCGCGCAAGAAGCUCGUCGAGAAAUGGGCCAUCGAAACACAUCCCGAUACCUGGAAACAGCUCCAGGAGUCCAACUCGCUUAAAACCUACGUCCUUCCCGACAAUGUCGACAACGACAGCGAGGAUAACCUGCGUGCCCAAACCAUACAAACCAUGGAGGCCGACGACCACAAGAACUCGACCCUCAUCACCAGAUAA